AUGGGUUCGGGUAAGACAUUUAACCUCAUUCGUCAUAUACUCAUAACAGAACGUUUAGGAAAUGACUCAUAUUAUGACCAAAUCAUUAUAUCAGCAACUUCAGACUCUAUGGACUCAACAGCGAAAACAUUUAUGUCAAAAGUUCAAGCCUCUGUCGUUAAAGUUCCAGACAGUGAACUCAUUGAAUUUCUUCAACGUUACAUUCGACGUAAGAGGAAAUAUUAUGCCAUCGUAGAGUUCAUACAGUCAGGAAUGCAAAAGACUUCUGAGGAGAUGGAAAGAAUUAUUGACAAACACCACUUACGUCAAUAUUCAGGAGUUUACGAUAUGAAACGACUUACAAACUACAUUCUGUCAAAACUUUCAAAAUACCCCUUCAAAAAGUAUCCUUCAAACACUCUGCUCGUUUGCGACGACUUCGCCGGAAAAGGUUUAGUGUCAAAGCCUGACUCACCAUUAGCUAACAUCAUAACUAAAGUCAGACAUUACCAUUUAACUGUAGCAAUACUUAUGCAAACAUGGAGGUUUUUAGCUUUAAACAUAAAACGUCUCAUAACUGACUUCGUUAUCUUUCAAGGUUUCUCACGCUAUGACAUUGAACUCAUUUGGAAACAGUCAG